AAACUGCAGGAAGCGAAGACAGACGUUUUCACAAGGAAGUUUGUUUUACUUUCAUUGACCUUCUCUGACCUGCAGUCCCUGAAGAGUGGGAGGAGGGGAGGCUUUGAGAGCCUUGCGCAGCCAGCCGGGUGGCGGAGCAUAAGGCUGUAACUUGUCCGUGCAGAUAGACAGACAUCAGCAGCAGUGGCCCAAGUCGCAGCAGCGCCCGGGCCAUACUGUAGCAGGGACCGCUCAUUGGUACUGUAGGAGGGACCACUCAUUGAUGCCACAAUGACUCGUUAUUACAAAGAGGAUAAGGAUGACUGGUUGACUGUCUUUUUGAAAUAUCUUCUUUUCAUGUUUAAUUUUCUCUUCUGGAUGGGUGGUGUUACGGUCAUGGCAGUGGGCAUAUGGACGCUGAUUGAGAAGAGUGACUAUCUGAGCCUGCUAGCUUCUAGCACAUUUGCCUUUUCUGCAUAUAUCUUGAUCUUCGCUGGAACUCUCGUGAUGGUCACUGGGUUUCUGGGAUGCUGUGCAGUUAUCAGGGAGCAGAGGAGUUGUCUAUCACUGUACUUCUGCAUGCUCCUGCUCAUCUUCUUGAUAGAACUUGUUGGUGGCAUUCUUGCUUUCGUCUACUGCCAGAAGUUGAGUGAAGAACUUAAGCAACAUUUGAACCUGACCAUGACUGAAAACUAUGCCCAGCCUGGAAAGGAUGACAUCAACCGCUCUGUCGACAAGCUUCAGCAAGAUUUUAAGUGCUGUGGCAGCAACAGUUCAGAAGACUGGCACUAUAGUACCUACAUAAUGUCUGAGGAAUCGGGAGACAGACUGGUACCAGACAGCUGCUGUAAAUCACAAACUCCCAGCUGUGGAAGAAGAGAUCACCCUUCAAACAUCUACAAAGUAGAGGGUGGAUGCAUCACUAAACUGGAACAAUACUUAGCAGAUCACCUUCUAAUAAUCGCAGUGGUGGGCAUAGCAGUCGCCUCUCUUCAGAUCUUUGGCAUGAUAUUUACCUGCUGUUUGCACAGAGAACUGAAAUGGACCUUUGCAGAUCGGAAGUAGUCUUUCAACAGUAGAUUCCUGUGUGCACAUGGAAAUGGCAAACUUAAGUGGCCUUUAUUGUAUCCCAUGCUUGAAGAAGACAAUUCAAACUAUACUACUGCCCUUUGUAAUGUGAUGCAAGUUGUGAAUAUACAGCUAAAAAUGGCAAAAGUAUGGCACGAAUCUAGUCAAAUGUUGUGUACACUGUUGUUUGAGCAACUGCGCUGCCUUAUUUUUUGUAUCAUAAAUCAGCUUUCCAGGUGUGCAAACUAAAUAUAGACUGUUGCUUAGAAGAACUGUGUUGGAAUUUAUUAUUGGCUAUAUUAAAGCUGCAGUCUGUCCAAUGGAAAAUAGGUUACUUCAUGUAGAUGAGUUAUUGUCAACAUCCAAGUCAAUGUUAUAUAAUGUUCUUUUUGUCAAGUCAGCAUUUCAUCUGAAUGGAAUCUGGGUUAUGCUAUUAAAAAAUCCCUUGCACAUUAUCUGCCCUCUCUCUCUUUAUCGGAUCAUCCCGGAAGUUUCUCACCUUAGCAGUGAGCUUUACUCAGGGCAUAAGAAACUCAUUUUUAACAUUUGUUCAUCUAAUGAUUUUCUCAGCUUCCCCACAUCUUCCCAGCUUGCCUUUAUUCAUUGUCAUUAAGCAAACUAAGCAAUUAAAUAUGUAUUUUUCAACUUUCUGUCAUAACAGGUUUUGUAAAUGCUUUAAUCAGUUGUAAUAUCUGUUGCAAAUGAUUUUGUUGUUGAGUGUGCCUUGAAUGAUAUCACCUGAUAACAAGACAGAAUAAAAUGUAAUGUAACUCUCAGUACAAUGGCAGAAAUAUAA